AUGCGCUCUUCACUACCGGCCAAGCUCACACUGCUGCUGCUGGCCUGCUCCGAGCAGGUCGCCGGCUCUCUUGGCGAUGGAUCGCAACAAGUCAUGAUCGCGCCCCCAGAGAACGUCAAUGAUGCUUCCACUACCUCCUUCGACUUCCAUAACGACCAUGUUGUCGACGAAUCCAUCCUCGCGGCCAUCGCAGCCUACCCAGACCCCGUCGAUGCCAUGAUCUUCCUCCGGCCCGAGAUGGCAGUACAGCUCGCCGAAUCGAGACUGAUCCACGUGUUCGGCGAGGACAAGCCUAGGUGGAUGAAGGAAGGCGACAAGCUGCGGCUGCGGCAGAAGAGGAAGAAGUUCAUGGAUAUCACAGACCACCAGGAACUCUAUGUUGACGGCGUCACUGCGUGGGAAGGGAAAGCCAACCUUCCCAAGUUAACCCACCAGAGCCUCGUCAGGCCUCUGUUUUCCAGGAUCUCGACCUCCCGAAUGCGCGAUAUCCUUAAGCACUUCUCGGGCUACUACAAUCGCUGGUUCGGCGGCGAGACCGGCGAGGAGUCCUCCCAGUGGCUGCACGACCACAUCGCCGACAUCGUCGCCCACUCGCCGUUCCACGCCCACAUCAGCCUCGAGUACUUCACGCACCCCUUCCCGCAAUCCUCCAUCAUCGCCCGCUUCGAGCCCAAGGUCCGAGACCACUCCAAGCCCCUGACCAUAAUCGGCGCGCACCAGGACUCCGCCAACUACCUCUUCCCGCUGCUACAGGCCCCGGGGGCUGAUGAUGAUGGAUCGGGCACAGUCAGCAUCCUCGAAGCAUUCCGAGUGCUGGCCUCAAGUGGAUACAUACCAAAGGAGGGGCCGGUCGAGUUCCACUGGUACGCCGCCGAGGAGGGAGGGCUGCUUGGCAGCCAGGCCAUCGCGGCGUACAAGAAGAAGGAGGGCGCCAAAAUUGGGGCCAUGAUGGAGUUCGACAUGACCGCGUUCAUUGCCCGCAACGCAACGGAGAGCAUAGGCUUCAUCAAGACCGACGCCGAUGCCCCCUUGACCAAGUGGGCCGUCGACCUCAGCACCGAGUACAUCACGUCCAUCCCCACCAGCGUCUACGAGCUCAUGCCCGGGGCUGGCUCCGACUACAUGAGCUACACCAAGAUGGGCUUCCCGGCCACGUUCGCCUCCGAGGGCAACCCAGUGGCCGGAGGGUUCCCUGGCGAGUUUGACCCGUACGUGCACACGGAGAAUGACACGAUGUAUGUUGAUGAUGAGACGGGGCAUUUCUCCUUCGACCACAUGGCGAGGUUCUCUGAGCUGGCCAUCGCUUUUGCGGUCGAGCAGGCGGGAUGGGACAACGGCUGGAGGUAA